AUGUCGUUUGUAAAGUCGUUAGUUAGAUCACUAGUUGCAGCUCCAAAACAGCUAUACUAUGAACCAGAGCUUGGUUUGCAACUAGACUUGUCAUAUAUCACACCCCAGCUUAUUGUUUCUUCGGCACCUACAACAACAUAUAUCGAAUCAUGGUAUCGGUAUCCACUCGGUGACUUGCUCAAGUACCUCAAUCUUAAGCAUCCACAUCAUUGGUGGCUAUUUAAUUUUCGUGGUGAAGAGCCGGGAUAUCUAAACGAGGAUGUUCAAGGGAGAGUAAAUCAUUACCCAUUCCCUGAUCAUUAUCCGCCAACGAUGGAUAUAAUUAUGAAGGCGGUAAAAGAGAUCGACGAGUACCUAAAGUUGUCAAAUGAAAAUGUUGCAGUGCUACAUUGUAAAGCUGGGAAGGGGAGGCUGGGAACAAUAUGUUGUGCAUACCUAAUGUACGAGAAGUUACUCUAUCGAGGUGAGUCAGACAUAACUGUCGAUGAAAUAGUCUCAUACUACACGCAGAAGCGUAUGAGAUCAAUUACCGGGAUGAAGGGUGUGAGCAUAUUGAGUCAACAAAGGUAUUUAGAGUAUUGGAGAAGCUUAAUAGUCGAUGAAAGCGGUAAAACUAAAGAAGCGUACAUGGAGUGGAAACGUGCAUAUCGAGAAAGUUUCAUUACUCAUAUUGUGUUUCGAAAUUGUACACAAGACGAAGUUUCCUUUCUGGUCUCAGAAUACGUGGCAUUGAGUGAAGAUUCACUUGGUCGACAAAACACUGUAGCUAAACAAUUGUUCAACACAUUGUCAACCACAUUUGCUACGGGUGCCUGGAAACGUGAUCAAAGUAAUGAUCUCAUUUAUUCUUUUCAAGAACCACAAAGAGUUGGAGAGGAUGUAAUGAUUAGAAUUGGACGGGUCUCUUACCUUUGGUUUAAUACAUAUUUUGAGGCGCUGGAUUACGGAAAGAAAGAAAACAUAUUGCUGUUCUCGUGGAGAGAGAUGGACGGAUUCAAAGGCACACGUCAGCAAGGCACAAAAUGUUUUGACAGUAUUGAAAUUCAUUUUGCUUCAACCUGA